UUGUUUUUGGCGACGAAUGGACAACCACAUAUUGGUCACAUUUUACUGCAAAACUCCUAGGGACCUUCUGGAUAUGCUCUUAUUUUGUUGAUCUCUAUGGCAAUUAUGUUUUUGAUUAUUCUACUGCUGCUCAUCACCAGCUUUGAGGGUGUCUCUGGGGGCGAGCAUGAGACAUUAUGCACCUCUAACGCCUGUUUCACCCUGCAUAUGGAGAGGGGGAGCUUUGAGAAGGCCCGUCAGAGCUGUGUCCACAAUGGAGGUUAUCUGAUGACAGUCAGAGACAGAGAAGAAGAGGAUGUGCUGCGCUCUCUUCUCUCACGGAUCCAAAGACAACGUCAGGACAGGGCACUUAGAUUUUGGAUUGGAUUAAAACUGCACAGAGGGGACUGUGUGGUUAGCAAGGCUCUUAGGGGGUUUAAGUGGGUAUCUGGGGAGGAAGAUACCCACUACUCCAACUGGGAAAAAGAACCCAUCUCCACAUGCACAGAGGAGAGAUGUGUGAGGAUUCAUUACUCUGUAUCAGGAGAGAACCAACUGAAAUGGACUGCUGGACCUUGCAAAAGCCCUGCUUUUUAUGCAUGUAAGUUUUACUUUAAAGGAAUGUGCAAACCUUUGGUUCUGUUGGGACCUGGACAAAUAAACUACACAGCGCCCUUCUCAGAAGAGCCACAAAGAACCGAAAUGCAAUCAUUUCCACUCGGAACAUAUGCUGACAUCUUAUGUAGCGACCAGCAGGCUCACUACUCUGUGUGCAUGGGGAUGGACGGUAGCUAUCGCUGGAACAUCCCCGGCCCCUUCUGCAAAACAGGAGAGCAAAGUUGCACGAUCAACAACGGCGGAUGUGAACAUUUGUGCCAUCAGGAUGCAGCAGAGGUUCGAUGCUUUUGUAAAGAAGGUUACAGCCUGGGUGAGGAUGGAUUCACUUGCAGGAUAAAAGACCCGUGCGGCGCUGACACCUGUGAGCAUCAAUGCGCGAUGGGGGAGUCUGGAUAUUCCUGCCAAUGUCCAGAUGGCUUCAAACUGGAUGCAAACCAGCGCAGCUGCUCUGACAUUGAUGAGUGCCAGUCACAAGCCUGCGGGCAUCAUUUGUGCGUAAAUGCUCACGGCAGUUACACAUGUGUAUGUAAAGACGGCUACAAAAUGGUGGACGGUAAAUGCAGCGAUAGAGAUGAGUGCAGCGAACUGACAUGUGACCACAGGUGCUCGAACAGUAUCGGGUCCUUCUCUUGUCACUGCAAUCCAGGCUUCUCUUUAUCCAAGGAUGGCCACUCAUGUGUGGACAUAGAUGAAUGCAUCAGUAAUCGCUGUCAGUUCAAAUGUGUCAACACUGUAGGCAGCUUCUUGUGUGCCUGCCCGCAAGGCUUCCACAUGAUGAGCAAUGGAUCGACUUGUGCUCCAGAUACGACAGAAAUAUCAGCUGUGUCAUCAGAUGACCCAGCUGAGGAGGAAACGCAGGAAAACUUCACAGAGUCUCUGACCAGAACCAUAGUCGAGCUGCAACACCAGUCCCCUCACACUGAUGCUCCGCUUCCUGACCUGGUGAACGUCACGCACGGUGAUGAGCAGAGCAACACAUCCUUGGUGACAAGUUUUGCCAAGACAAUUAAUUCCAAGGUGAUAAUCUGCGUCCUCGGCUCAGUCAUUCCUCUGCUGCUUUUGGUCGCAGUGACUCUGGCUAUUGCCAUUUUUCGAUGCAGCCGCUCCAAAAAAGAAGCCAAGAAGAACACCACUACAGAUGGGUACUGCUGGGUUUCCUCUGGUUUGGAUCCGCGUUUAGAGAAACUAUAUGAGUCCAUCUUGACUGACGACCUAUGAUUGACAGUGAUGGAGAAGACUGCCUACAUGGAUUCUUAUGUUUAUUUAUGUAAUUUAUGUUCUUUCAACCUUUCUAGGUUAGGCUAUGUGUUGUUGUAACAUUAUAACAUAUGAAGUCACAGAUCAGAAAAAAACUAUUGGCCGUCAGAAGGUGAUUUGUCUUCAUUGUGGCUCACAAGUUAAAAUACAUACAGCAUAUACAGCAGAAGCAUGGUUGGUAAAAGUGUGGUGUGGUGUUUGUUGGUGCAAAAGGUCAGUUAUGGGGGGCUGUGAGGGGUCUGUGUAAUCAGGGUACAGUGAGCAGAUGGAGAGAACUGACAGUUUAGACUGGGUGCCAGAUGAUUCGGGAAAGUUUUGAUUUGAGUUUAACAGUGAGAAAGUUGGACCAGGGUGUACUGUUGAAAGUGAGCAUUUUAAUGGUAGUCAUGUCAGUGAGCUAAUUUUGUAAAUAGUUUUGUCUAAACUGGCCACAUUUUUCUGCUAUUUUAGCAAUAGACUGUGGUAAUGUACCACUGCCUGUUCACUAAACCUGUGAUCAAGAACAUGUUGUCUUUAGUGCAUCAUUCAGAUGUCAUCAAAAGAUUAUACAUUAUGUACAUCUUUCUAUGCCACAUGGGAGUGGUGAAAGAAUUCAGAUUGUUAACUUAAAGGACUGAUGUGUUAGAUUUCGGGGGAUCUAUUGGCAGAAUAUAGUAGAAAUGGAAUAAAAUAUUCAUUGUUGUUUUCAUCAGUGUGUAAUCACCUUAAAACAAAAAUCUUUGUAUUUUCGUUAUCUUAGAAAAAGCUCUUUAUAUCUACAGAGGGAGCGGGUCCUCUUCCACUGCCAACCACAACCAAAGAGUGACUCUGGAGAACGUCUUUCACUUUUUCACAUUUUUACUGGCCACAGUGAAGGAGGCUGAGGUGAGCAGUCUUCGGUAGGUUGCAAUGUCCUACCUCGCCGCUAGAUGUCACUAAAUCCUACACACUGGACCUCUUAAACCUGCAAAACAGAUUUUUUUUGGCCACUUGGGGGCAGCAGAAACAGUUUUUUAUGGCAACAUUCACUGAUUAUCACCUUUUAAGCUGAUAGGGUGAACCUGUCGCUUAUUUACAGCAGUUGUGCAAGAAUAUCAUUAGUUUGUAGUCUUGUUUCUGGCCAUCAGGUGUACAUAAAUCCAUAAUGUCAGCUCUCUUCAAUCUCUGUGUUUGGUCUCUACCAACCCUGGCUCUUAAGCUGCUAAAAUGUUCCACAAUGUUCAUCGGCUAUUUGCUAAUUGUGUCUUUCUGCUAUUUGAUGCUAUGCAGGUAGCUUUUUUUUUUUUUAUUUGAAGCUAAACAAUGAGGUGAAACUCACCAUAAGGCUCUGUAAAGCCAAGUGGAGCCGCAGAUUCAGGUGAUAAUUCUCUGUGGGUUCAUCACGACGAGCAAACCCUUUCACACUGUCACAUUGUUUUCACAUUGUCAGAUACACUGUUGUUGUAGAAAUGCAUCAAGUACAUGUAGUGGAGCAAAAAGUACAAUAUUUGCAUCUGAAAUUUAGUGGAAAAAAACUGCAGGCUAUCAAAAUACUUACUUUCCACCUCUGCCACAGGAUGUGUUCGUGCACAGGCCAACUUACAACUUCCAAUACAUUUUACUUGCAGAAUAUUGGUGUUAAUGUGAUGUAAUAAAAAUACGUAAACCAGAG